AUGCAAAAGUUUAUGAGCUCAGGGUGCGUGUACGGAUUCCUCCAGCUGCGUUCUCUGCUUAUAUUGCAGGACAUUCGUCCCAUGGAGAAUAUUAUGCAGCAUAUCCCAGGAAACCUAUCCUUCCUCACGAAAAUCAGUUCUCUUCCUCAGAAGAGAGUCGUCAGACAAUCUGGGCUGCGGAUGCACCCUCUUGGUUUAGAUCCGACCACCGCUGUUCGGCCAUGGUCGCACCUCAUCAAGCAUGUCGGACAAGUAGUGAUGUUCUGCAACAUGUUGCUACAUCAUCCACCACCUGAUUCUUCUGCGGAGAGUCUCUCGUGGCAAUGUAUGUAG